AUGCUCCUCGCGACCGGCUCCGAGUUCUGCCCGCAAUGUCUGUCGGAAACGCUCUCAGGGCCCGGCCUCGCGACGCACAAAAUCAUAUCGGCGCGCUUCUUCCUCGACACGCUUCGAUCCCAGCCCGACCUAUGCCGUCUGGUCGCGGCCGAGUCGCAUUACCUGCUCGCGGCUCCGCUCGUGCAGGCCCUCAGGUGCUCGCGAGACGAGGAGCUGGCGGCGACGUUAGCGGACUUGGUGGUCUUUCUCGUGAGCAAGGGGAGCGGCCGAGGUGGAAGGAACGACGCGAGUGCAAGCGACGAGGGGUUGCUGCUGGAGAAUCUGGUUCGCACGAUGGCGGUGGAGAUGGAUAAGAUCCCCGUCGCCUCCUCCUCCAGCGGCCACUGCUUCCUCGUACGCCGCUGCGCCCGAUGUUCUGCUAUCUUAAUGCAUCACUUUUUGGACAGCAUUCGUGCAGAGAGCCUGUUCGUCCUGCUCAAGCUCUGCAGCCUGCCAGGUGGCAUGCAGCUAUUGGAGGAGAAGCUGCCUGGCAUGGUGUGUGCGGGCAUCGCCCUGCUGCUCUCCACGGACAGCAACGACCCCUGCACCUCAUCUCCCAACUCGCUCUCUCCUCUGCGCCCUCACGGCUCUGCCUCCGACGAACGGUCCAGAUUCGACUGGGUGGUGAGGGAGGCGUGGGAGGAGGACUGGUGUAACCAGGAUGAUAUGAGGCGGGGUGAUGGUGGGGGGAUGGUGGAUGAACGGGGAGCAGCGGCGCUACAGGCGAUGCUGGAUGAGGGGCUGGCAGAGCACGUCUUUGAGCUGCUCCACUCUGCACACAGCGGAUUAGUAGCGGACCCGUUGGUGCCGGCCGCCCUCUCAUGCCUGCUGCACCUCGCAGCGUCGCCUGGAGCUGCAGGGCAGGCGUUUGCACGGCGCUUUGUGUUUGGCUUCGACACGCUCGCAUCGCUGCUGCACAACGCCAUAGAGGCCAACGACUUCCAUCUACAGGCGCUCUCCAUCUCCGUCUUCCUGCACGCCCUGCGCUCCGCGCGUGCCAGCCCUAGGGAUGCCAGUCAGUUCCCUCCAGCGAGGCUGCAUGCGCUGGCGUCUGCUUUGGCAGGGGUGGUGCGGCAGUUCUGCGUGGACGCACGGGAGAGGAAGCGCUGGGUGCUGGACCAGAAUGAAGCCUUCUCCACCGCCUGCUUCGCCCUCGCUGUGCUCGCCACGUGGCAGAGCAUCAUAGGCACAGAGAACAUGCAGGUGCUGCGGUUGUUGGAGCAGUGUGUGGGUGAUGGGCCGUCCAUUCUGCCUGCCCUUCAGGACGUGCCCAGCAGGGGUGGGUCACUCACAGGCACGGGCGCCAAGCUCCAAGGGGCAUCCUCAGCAGCCGUCCCUGCAGCUGCAUGUGGUGCUGCAGGUGGCACGGAUGAGGUGGCUGUGGCUGUUCUCACUUUCCUGCACGCCUGUGCUCAGCGCUUCCUGCACGCCCAGGCGAACUCUCUCAACUCCACGGCUCCUGCUGCUGCUCUGACAUCGGGCACAACAAGCCUUGGUAGGACUGGCGGGGCGUACAUGCGAGGGGCGACCGACAAGACUCAAGAGUGGGGUGCAAAGCCGCCCUCUGUGUCGCCCUCUCACGCCCCCACAGCCUUGAAGUGCUGCCUUGAUGACAUAGCCGCGGCUCUCAUGGCUGCUGCGGACAUGCACGUCGCGCCUUUCAUGUUCUCCCUGCACCCGCAGCCGCAGCCCCCACCUGGUCACAUGCACGCGCCCCAACCUGCAGCAUCACCACCUCCUUUCUCCGACCCUGCUGCCAUUCUCUCCCGCGCAUACGACGUGCUCAGCCACGUGCUAGCGUGUCCCCUGCCCGCCCUCGCACCCAUCGCCCGCCAGUUCGCAGCCAAGCUCGCCUCCAGCUGGACCCUCUCCCUCGUCUUCUCCUCCCUGCAAGCCUUCCACCCGCCCGCUGCCUCCUCACGUGCAGCCCCAUCCUGGCGGCCACAGUCUGUCGCUCCUCUCCAGGCAUCAGAGGGCAGCAAGUGGCACGUGAUGCGCAGGGCAAGCCUGCGCUUUGCAGUGCUGCUGGCUACCGUUGCGGCAACAGGCGAGGAGGGGCAAGCGGUGGGGCAGUGGGUGGUGGGCGUGGCAGGGCUGCAGCGCAUGCCGUGGGCUGUCAGUGACAUGGUGCUAGGGAAAAGCAUCAAACGACCUGAAUGUUGUUGCUUAUUCGGAUGGCCCAUGCUUAAAUACACCUACCAGAGCAAUUCCGGCUUGGUUCGCGCGCACAGAAAAGUUCGGCACCUGCGAUGA